CCCUCCCUCCCUCUCUCUCUCUCUCUCUCUCUCCUCAGUGAUAGGGAGAAAGAUCUCUUUGGCUAACCGAGCUUGCAGCCAGUGAACCCGCCUUCCACAUUGGUGUGAAGACAGAAGUGAGGUGGGGGGCAGGGAGGGGAUGUGAGAGAGUCUAAGAGCGAGAGGGAUCAGAGAGAGAGAAAGAGAGAGAGAGAGAGAGGAGGAGGAGGAGGCGGCGGAGGAGGAGGACUGGUGUAGGGUGGAAAGGAAGAGUGAGCGCGAGCAAGUUGAAGGGAGGGGGUGUAAGAGCCAGCGAAUUCUUUUUCUUUUUCUGUUAUUAUUUUGACGACUCCCGAGUUGCGCCCAUGCUCUUGUCAGCUUCGUUUUAGGCGUAGCAUGGCCAGGCAGAAGAAAAUGGGGCAAAGCAUGCUCCAGGCGGUCUUCUUUUUAGUCCUGGGGCUUUUGGGUCAUUCUCACGGAGGAUUCCCCAACACCAUCAGCAUAGGUGGACUUUUCAUGAGAAAUACGGUGCAGGAGCACAGCGCUUUCCGCUUUGCCGUGCAGUUAUACAACACCAACCAGAACACCACCGAGAAGCCCUUCCAUUUGAAUUACCACGUAGAUCACUUGGAUUCCUCCAAUAGUUUUUCUGUGACUAAUGCUUUCUGCUCCCAGUUCUCGAGAGGGGUGUAUGCCAUCUUUGGAUUUUAUGACCAGAUGUCAAUGAACACUCUGACCUCCUUCUGUGGGGCCCUGCACACGUCUUUUGUCACGCCCAGCUUUCCCACUGAUGCAGAUGUGCAGUUUGUCAUCCAGAUGCGCCCAGCCUUGAAGGGUGCUAUUCUGAGUCUUCUGGGUCACUACAAGUGGGAGAAGUUUGUGUAUCUCUACGACACAGAAAGAGGAUUUUCCAUCCUCCAAGCAAUUAUGGAAGCAGCAGUGCAAAACAACUGGCAAGUGACAGCAAGGUCUGUGGGAAACAUAAAGGACGUCCAAGAAUUCAGGCGCAUCAUUGAAGAAAUGGACAGGAGACAGGAAAAGCGAUACCUGAUUGACUGUGAAGUCGAAAGGAUUAACACAAUUUUGGAACAGGUAAGUGUGAGAUUUAUUCCACCCCCAGCCAACAUGUUAAAUCAUCAACCUGAGGCAGUUCGCAUUUCUGCUAAUAAAUUAAGUACCUAUCCAGACUAAACGUGCCAACGGUUUUUGAUAGUCUUUCUAAUCCUUUUUUCAUCCCCAGUGGCUGCAGGAAAAGAAAGAAAAUCUAAGCUGUUGAAAAUUGCAUUACCAUGAUUAAUCUGGAGGUCUCUACAAUUUAAUGCUACCUAUCAAAUAAACACAUCCUUCCACACCUCUGUUUCAUAGAUAGCUGAAUCUUUCAAAGUAAUCCUCUUCCUUUCCUAUACUAUCCCUAUACCAUCCUUCCAGCAGGGAACAGACAAGGAAUCAAGCAGGGCAAAAGGGCAGGGGUUUUGUUUCAGGAGCCUAAUAGCAGUAUUCACUAGGUUUCCAAAUUUGUGUAUAUUUUUGCAAACCAUCCCUCUUUGGGGGGCAAGGGAGAGAGAGAGAGAGAGAGAAAGAGAGAGAGAGAGAAAAGAGGCAAAUGUGUAUGUAAUUUAAGACUAUUUUUAAGAUGGCAUAUGAUAAAAAAAGUUCAUGGUUUUUAAAAUGUGAACAAAGUGGAAAAGAUUUAGAAUAUUUAGACUAGGGAAAAAUCAUUAUUAAGCUUGGAUAUUUAAAUUUAAGAUUAAAAUAUUAGAAGAAAUGUUUACCUUAAGCCAGAUGGAUACAAUGAAGUAAAGAGUCAAAUUGAAAUGAGGUGAAAGUACAUUAUUUUCCUUAGUAGUUUCAUUGCCAGCUAAUAACAAAGUGCCUAUGCUUCCAUAAAUAAAGAGUAAGGGAAAAAUUUCCAUUCUAAUUUGAUCACAGUGUACCUGGGGGCAAAAACAGCUUCAGAGAUUGGAAUUAUAGUGAGCAGCCAUUGUCUGGGAGAGCUGUUUUAUAGCAAAUUAAAUAUUAACAAUUUGUCAGAUGUGCUUCCAUAAGAAGAGAAUGGAAAAAAAGAAGAG